CAGCACAAUCAUGAUGGUCUAGCUUUGAUUCUUUAGUGAAUUUAUUGUGUCCACAGACACCUUACAGCUCCCUACCGUGCUUCAGAUGUCCGGCAAUGAAUAAUGAGAUCCUGCUGCGAAGGAAUGGGUAUUUAUACAGGUCAGGCUUGGACCGCGAGGUAUAGUCUUCACGUUCUAGUCUGCACGUCCUCCGAAUUUUGGAUUCCUAUAAAGUGUCUGAAAACAGUUUUGUUACAAAAGCGGAAAGAAUGAAUAAGGCAGCAAUUUUUCUGGCUUUCAAUUCUCUUUUUGUAAUCCUUGAAUUGUAUUCUGUCGUUUGUUCCGAGACGAAUGACGCAAAGUUUGAGAUGCCUAUAAAUGAGAGAGGAACGCGUUUUACUGAGAAGAUCAGCGUCAGUGAAAACGAGAAUACUGUCUCCUUCGAGGUUCCAAAGCACAACAAUGUUAAUCGUUCUGAAGUGCUGAACGAUUUCAAUCUGGGCUUAACAAUUACUCGCGUACCUGAUGUGGGGAUGUGUCACAUUAAACCAUUAGAGAAAAGUUUGUCAAACCCUGGAAAAAUGAAAGCUGACAUGAAUUACGUAAAGAAAGUGAAAGGUUUCGGGGAAAGAAGCUCAAGUGUUUUAGUGAGUUCCACUGAAUGGACCAUUGAUAAACAACUGGUGAAAAAAUACCUAAAUCCUACGGUGGCUAAAUUUUGCGGUGAUUUGCCAGUUUACAGUCUGAAAGAAAUCACCAAAGAUGGGAACGAUACCGACAGUAAAGAAAAGCGUAAAACAAAUUUUCAGCUUUGCCCUGGAUCGGUCAACAAUCCAAGCCCAUGUGAUCCCAACUUAUGGAAAUUGAAUUGCAAGUUUGUAAUAUCAGGAACAUGCGUCUGGUGGGUAAAAUGUUUCCUGCCAGUCAAAGACCUCGAAAAUGACUUGAGAAAUUGCAAAUUUAAUCACCACUGGAAUUCAGUUAUGUGUUGUGAUACUAUCUGUCCAACUCCAGCCCCAACCAAGUAAUGAUAAAAGAAUUGAUGAACGAUGACGACUUAGUAUCAACUAAGUACAUAUUUAGCGAUAUAUACACAAUGAAUAAACAUUACAUAUAGGAGAUAGAUUGAAAAUCAUAGCCAUAGUUAUUUCAUAGCUUAAAUUUAUGCAAAACGGGGAAUAAAUCUU